UUCAUCCUCACUUUCUGAUGCACAGCAGUCUGAUUGUGGAUGAAUCCAGAGCAGAAAAACUACAGAACCUGAGCAGAAAAAAGUCAACAAAGACCGUCCCAGCUGCUGGUUUGGGUUAAAACAUUUGACAGAAUCCGUCCUCUUUUUCUUGGCAGAUUUGGCUGAGAAAAGAAUCUCAAGGUCCACACUGUGAAGCCUAUUUUUGUGUCAUCUGGCUAAAAAAUUUAUUCUCAAAAGAUAAUCUGCAACCAGCCAUGAACAUCUUCAAGUCAGAGAGCUCAAAAAGGUUUUCUGAUGCUGUUAAAGCUAAGAGCACGUUGCUGGAACCACAGCUAGGACCGCUGCCUGUUUAUAGAAUUCCUCUAAAAGAGGAGAAAAUCAAAAUAAAUGGGUGCAGGUUCUUCAGUUUUGGGGAACCCAGCAAAUUUGGUUCCAAACAACAAAGCCGCACCAUCAUGGUUCUUGGAGCCACUGGUGCUGGGAAGUCAACUCUCAUCAAUGGGAUGAUAAAUUACAUUCUAGGUGUUAAAUGGGGAGACACAUAUCGGUUCAAGUUGGUGGACGAAGGUCAAACUAAAUGCCAAGCUCACAGUCAGACCUCCGAGGUCACUGUGUACAAACUCUUCUACAGGGACGGAUUUGAGGUUCCCUUCUCUCUGACCAUUAUAGACACACCAGGCUUUGGGGACACCAGAGGCAUAGAGAGGGACAGGGAGAUCACAGUGCAGCUCCAGAACCUCUUCGCCAGUAAGGACGGGGUCAGUGAAAUCGAUGCUGUGUGUUUUGUAGCUCAGGCUGCUUUAGCCCGUCUCACGUCAACACAAAGAUACGUCUUUGAUUCCAUUCUCUCAAUCUUUGGCAAAGAUAUAGCAGAAAACAUCAGGAUUCUGGUGACGUUUGCAGAUGGUCAGAAGCCACCAGUUCUAGAAGGGAUCAUAGAGUCAGGCGUCCCAUGUCCUAAAAGUAAAGACGGUAUUCCAGUUCACUUCAAAUUCAACAACUCUGCUCUGUUUGCUGACAAUAAAUCGGCAGACACCCAGAGUGGGGACGAUGACGAAGAAAACUUUGAUCAGAUGUUUUGGAACAUGGGAACGAAAAGCAUGAAAAGAUUUUUUACUGCUCUAAAUCAGAUAGAAACCAAAAGUUUGACACUGACAAAUGAGGUCCUGAGAGAAAGAAAACAGCUGGAGGUUUCAGUUGAGAAUCUGCAGGUUCAGGUUAGACUUGGUUUAGCCAAACUGGAGGAGAUCAGGGAGACCAGAGAAAAAAUUAAAGAGCAUGAAGCAGCGAUUAAGACAAAUGAGAACUUUGAGUUUGAUGUCUCUCUCAAAAAACCUGUACAAGUUGAUAUCUCUGGUUCUGGGGACUACAUCACCAACUGUCAGCAGUGUCAGGUCACCUGUCACUUUCCUUGUGGUAUACCAAAUGAUGCUAAUAAAAGAGGAUGUUGGGCGAUUGACCAAAAUACUGGACGCUGCCGUGAGUGUAAAGGAAAAUGUAACUGGAACGUACAUUUCAAUCAAAGGUACAGGUGGGACUAUAAAGAUGUUACAGAGAAACGGACAGUGAAAGAGCUGAAAGAAAACUAUGAAAAAGCCACAGGGCAGAAGAUGACUGUUGAGGGACUGAUGAGGCAACUGAAGGGUGAAUAUGACAUAAUGCAGAAUGAGGUGAAGAAACUGAUGGAGAAGUCGACAAAGUGUCUGAACAGACUGAAAGAGAUAGCACUGAAGCCCAAUCCUCUGUCCACUCCUGAGUACAUUGAGAUGCUCAUUGAAGGAGAGAAACAGGAAGCCAAACCAGGCUGGAAAAAACGGGUUGAGUCACUGAUGAAGAUGAAAGAAAAAGCAGAGUUCAUGGCUAAGGUGGAGAAAGGAGAAAAACCUCUGAGCCGUCAAGAGUCGCUUGAUGUGAAGUUUUAAGUCAACAGGUCUCCUCGGGGUUACUUAGAUUUUAAUCCUGUGGUACAUUUCUUACUCGGUCUGCUUUGGUUUAAAACUAUUAUUUCAGCCAGAAACAGAAAAUAUUAUAAUUAUAGAUGCUGUAAAACCACAUUUUAAGCAGACCCACAGUGAGAAUCAAGAUGAACUAAUGAACUUUUACCUCCAGUCUUCCUGAACAACAUUGUGCAAAGUGUCUGUGGCUGAAUGCUCAGUUCUUAUUUUUACGUUAAACUCAUAUUUAGCUAAUUAACGUUAACAAGAUUGGGUUUAACUGUAGGUGUUCUACUGGAAGUCCAAGGGAAACACUUCUGGACCAGGAAUAAGAAACUAAAUAAUUCAUUUUUUAAAUGCUCCUGGUACCAUAUUAUUAAUAGACUGUUGCUUCAUCCACUCAUCGUCAUUGUUUCAGACAUCCUGUCAUGUCUCGGUUUCUCUGCUCAACAUGAAACUCACAAAUUUAAUGACAACUAGGAUCCUUCAAUGAAGACUUUUUGAAAUCUCGAACUCUUAGAUAUGCCUGCUGCACUAUAAUCUGAUCAUUUACACAAAUCAUCCACAUUUAACUCUGCUUAGCCUCCUUCCUGCUUCAUCUGCUCUGUUCAGGUGUUCUGUGAAGGUUCUGUACAGUGAAAUGCUUUUUGGGCUUGGUUAUCUGCUUUCCUCUAGCACAGGAUCUAAAUGUGACAUUUAGAUCAACAAUAUUUGGAACCAGCUGAUAAAAGGUUUCUUGAAUUUCAGCCUGAAGUUGUAGCAGUUUAUUAAUGUAAACGUUGGUUGAGGAAUCAUUUUGUGUAUCUUUACCGCCCCCUGCUGUUUGUUGUUUUAAACACGUCUUCCUUCCUUGGUGUUAAGGUGGAAGUUUAUUUUUCUAUUCAUUUAUGAAGAGGAGAGUUAUUCCUUCCUUGUGCAUCUUGUUGUAACUUGUUUAAAUGUUAUAUAAUGCAUUGUUUUAACUUCUGGUUCAAUAAUCUUAGCAGCCCUGUGUUUGUUUCAUUAAUUAACUCUAGCAGUCAAAUAAAAAUAUCUGUUAAAAUAUAUAACUGAGAAAUGUGUUAUUUGCUGUGAAUUGGCAUCAUAUGAAUAAACUGAAUUGAAGUGA